AUGCGGCUGGAGGAGGAGGAGGAGGAGGAGGAGGAUGGGGUACACCGCUGAUGCUGAUGCGAGAAGCGUUCGGUGCUCCGUAGUCAACAUCGGUGAACCGACCGCGCGAGGACGGAGCUCCCGGCGUCUCGAUUAAGAACGUCUUUUUGUUUUUCACGACGCGGGGGGGGCUGGGGAGACGUGACCCGGUGUUUUGUGUGCUUUUGUCGGCACGAGGGACGACAGAAGGACCCGAAGAGAGGGACGAACGGCUUCGCCUCGCAUCGGCCUGUCGUCGGGACCGACACACAGGUGGAUCGCCGCUGGACAAAAAGGAAAAAAACAACAACAAAAACAAAAAAAAAGCGUCUGUGAAGAAGGGAGACGUGGCCUGGGACCCGAAGCAGAGGGUCCCGCCUCCGUAGUGGCGUUUCAGCGGGACGCCGAGGCUCGUGUUCGGUGGCGUUCCGCCGGGAGGUGUGCAAGCCGAACGGGCUCCCGUGUUAGCUCGCUAACAGGCUAAUUCCGCUAGCUGGUCGGCUAGCAGCCCCCCCCCCCCCCGCCCCGUGGCCGUUGGGACGCAGGAAGCGGGAUGCUCGGACGGAGGAGCUAGGCGCUUACGUCACAGGCUCGUCAUGAAGUCGGCGGCUCGGCUCGUUUAGGUUCGGCACCGCGAGGUUCAGUUUAAGUGUCGAUUGAUUGCUUGAUUAGCUCGAGUUGGAUAAGCGGCUGAGGGGUAAAAAAACGGCCAAUGUUGACAAACAAACCGGCGACUUAACGCGUUGGUUCGGUGUUCCGUUGGUUCGGUUCCGAGCCUUUCGUCGCGGCGAUGCGCCCGCUUCCAGGCCGAACUGAAGCAUGUGGACGCCGGGCGUGCUGAAGCGUGGAUGUCCGUGGACAGAGCGGAGGCCCGCAGCAGGUCCGAACACAUCCACAUCAGUGAGGAUUAGAACAUCUGGACGGCUGCUCCUGGAGUUGAGACAACUCAAACUGUACCUUGUUUGUAGCGAUAUCAAAAUACCUUCUUAAGACCUUCUAUCAUUUUUAUUCUUUUUUUUCCUACAUAUUCCCACCUGCCUAUUUCUAAGUGUCAAAGUUAACAUUAAAAAAUGCCUCUAUGGAUCCCACUCAUGCACUGCGGUAUGUCAUCACAGGUGAGGUAACACAGCAGUUCCCUGACGUUUGCAAAGUGGAGCAGCCACUCUGCGUCUAAAUGGAAGCGAGCGUUCUGUCCGGCCCUUUGGGGCACACACAGUGGGACUCGGAACCCGCAUUUCCUCUCGGAUUUCACCCGCCGGGUUCAGACAAUGGAGGGGACCUCUGUCCCAACACGGGUGGACGGACCGGUUUGGAUUUCAGAGACGACGACCGGGCCCAAACAUUCCAACCAAGCGAAGGAGGGAACAUUUACCAGGACAAGCCGGUGGAGUUGGACAACCUGAUAAAUAUUUUGGAUUUUUCCUGUGGAGGUAUGCAGUUUGAGGGGGAUCAGUCCAAUCAUUCCAAAGCUCCUCUGCAUGAUACCUCUCUCAUAGAGCCCUUCACAGACAAGACACCUGAUCUACCUGAUGAACUGAAUGACUACGCUUUGUCUUGGCUAUUUUCUCCCAAACUUACUGACGUGGUUGGACAGAUCACUGCCCACGAGGACCCGAGUCUUACGCAGGGGGACCUUCUGGAGACCUCCAAUGCCUUCAGUACUGAGGCUCGGCUUAUAAGCCUCAGUCCACCGGUCAUUCCAUCGAAAACCCCCGGCACGCAUACCGAGACGAACACAGGGGAUCGGUUUUUGUUAGUAGACCUCCUCUCAGAUGGACUCUCUUGCCUCCCCCCAGAGUCCUUGGGUGAGUUGAACCCACAGGGUGUCAGUGAGGAGCUGGUAGACCUGUCACAAGAGGAGGAGGAGGAGGAGGAGGAGGAGGCCGGUCUCCCCCCCUCACAGAGAAAGGAGACUUUGUCACAUGAAACCAGAGACAAUGGUUCAUUACCAGAUCAAGUGACCGACCUGCCUCUAACCUGGAGCCGUAGUCAGCAAGGUUUGCCAGAGAACCACCUCCCACCUGACAAAGUCCAACCUCUGUUGGAUUCAGAGGUUCCAGACUGCGACGGCAGUCUGAGCCUGCGUCCCGCCAGUCCUCCCGCUCUUAUCCGCACAGGUGUGACGUUGGAUUUACCAGCGGAGGAGUCGGAGGGGGGGCGCGCGGCAGCCGCUGGAAAUAGAAGUGUGACUUCGGAGCGACGGGGGGAGAAUGACUCAUUUGCACUGCGUUCGCCGGCUGAACCGUCGUCACUGACGGCGCCUCUGGCUGAAGAUGUCUUCGCCCGGGGGGGUUUCAACGCGCCGAGUUGCUCCGUCGAUAAGGAGUCCACGGAUUUGAUGGAGGGAGACAUUGACUCUGAAGCCCAAAAUCAAGGGAAUCGGGCCAUGGCCUUGGAUCUGUGCCUGACCGCGGAAGAGGUGCGCGGCGAGGAAACUUGGGACGUGAAACCUCGGCCGGAUGUCCAAAACGGGAGUGUCCUCCACCCGAGGGACGAGGAGAGGACGGCGGAGGAGGCCUCGUUGGACUUUUCAGUUCAGGAUUUACACGCGUCUCCCCCUGAGGCCGGAUGGACUACUGAGCGAACCGUGGAGACCAUUUCUCUCUCCGAGAUGGCGGCAGACGACUCGCUGCCUGCGGUCUCGGCUGUGAACGCGACGGGGGAAGACGCCUCGCCGCUAAAAGCCGUGUUCGAUGCCUUGGACCAAGACGGAGACGGCUUCGUCCGCAUCGAGGAGUUUAUGGAGUUUGCUGCGGCCUACGGGGCCGAUCAGGUGAAGGAUCUGACCAAGUUUUUGGACCCCAGUGGACUGGGAGUGAUCAGCUUUGAAGACUUCCACCGUGGAAUCUCUGCAAUCAGCAAUGGAGGAACCUUCCUCAGGGAGGAGGCGCUGGACUUUUUCUGUAGCCAGUGUCACAAACAAAUAAGUCGUCUGGAGGACCUCUCCACGCGCCUCAAUUUCCUAGAGAUGACUAGUGCUGGCAAGAGGCUGUCCAGCAAGAAAGUAGCACGACACCUCCUACAGAACAGCUCGAUGACUCUGGACACCGUGAGUGACUUGACGCGGGACAUCCUGGAGCUCGCCGACAACGACAUCACAGACAAGGUGCUCCUCCUCGAGCGGCGAGUGGCGGAGUUGGAAAAGGAGUCGGAGUUGUCCGGGGAGCAGCAUGCGCGGCUGCGCCAGGACAACCUUCACCUGGUGCACCGGGCCAACGCCCUGGAGGAGCAGCUGAAGGAGCAGGAGCUCCACGCCGACGAGCAGCUGCAGCAGGAGACCCGGCGGCACAAGGAGGCCCUCAUCAAGCUGGAGAGGGAGAGGGGGGUGGAGCUGGAAAACCUGCAGGCCAGGCUGCAGCAGCUCGACGAGGAGAACAGCGAGCUGAGGUCGUGCGUUCCGUGCCUCCGGGCAAACAUCGAGCGACUGGAGGAGGAGAAGAGGAAGCUGCAGGACGAGACGGACGCCAUGGCUGACAAGCUGGAGGAGGAGACGGAGUCCCGCAGGAAGAUGGCAGACAAGCUGAGCCACGAGCGCCACCACAGCGGCAAAGAGAAAGAGUGCACUCAGGAGCUCAUUGAAGACCUGCGUAAACAGCUGGAGCACCUGCAGCUCUACAAGCUGGAGGCCGAGGCGAAGCGGGGGCGCACGCCCGGCGCCGGGCUGCAGGAGUACCAGACGCGGACCCGCGAGGCCGAGCUGGAGCAGGAGAUCAAGCGGCUCAAACAGGACAACCGGAGCCUGAAGGAGCAGAACGACGAGCUGAACGGCCAGAUCAUCAACCUGAGCAUCCAGGGAGCCAAGAACCUGAUGUCGGCCUCCUUCUCCGACUCCCUCGCCGCGGAGAUCAACAACGUGUCGCGCGUAGAGUUGAUGGAGACCGUGCACAAACAGGAGGAGAUCAACUACAGGCUGCAGGACUACAUCGACAAGAUCAUCGUGGCCAUCAUGGAGUGCAACCCCUCCAUCCUGGAGGUCAAGUAGACAGGAUCCGACGCCAGGAGAGGAUGUGAAGAAUCAACAACAACAACAACGACAACGACUCAUCCAGCUCCCCCCCCCCCCCCCCUCCCCCCACAAAAAGGAAGGGUGAAAGACGUGGAAGAAGUCCACGGCUGUUUCGGAGCGGAUGGGUCGACCCUCCUGGACGCUCUUGGGUUCUGGUGACCUCCAUGUCUUUGGCUCGAGGGACCCGAGGCUCCCGCAUUGAGUGUGUGAAUGAGGUCCUAAAAAAAAUCUUCCUCUCCGAAUCCCCCUCCCCCAAAAAACAAAGUGUCAAUGUUUGAUUGAGCUAAAAGAAAACACAAUCAGCCCCAACAUACAGCACCGAAAGGCCUUAAGUGAAAGGUGGUCCGAGUCGGGCUCGGUUCUGCACGCCGCUCAGCCCCCGAAGCGUCUCCUGGGACAGCGGAACAUGACCUGCUCAACUUGGGUGAUUCCGUAUUUUGUUGAGAAGCGAGGGACGAUUCCGGGGGGUCGAGGAUGAGAAAUUGCCGCAGGUUUCUGUGUGUGCCAGGCGUUUUGCGUUUUUUUUUUUUCUUCUUUUAUUUCUGCGCAGUGUAGCCUAAACGUUUCUUUUUUCUUUUUUUUAAGCUCUUUGACACUAGCGAGUGACAUGAAGGAACCGGGCGGAUUAUUGCAUGUUUUGCUUUACGAUGAAACAGGGUCCUGGAGCUCAGGUGGGCUGGAAAGACUCCCAUCAGUUAUCUGAUCUCACUAAGUGUCGACUAAGCAUGAAGGAUUCUGGGAGUUGUAGUGUGUGUGUUCUUUCAGUGCAGCCCAUCUGACUCCAGCGUUCUCUUGCUGAGUGAAAGUAACGGAGGGAGCAAACUUAUACAGGGAACCUUUCUUUUGAAGAAUAAGUUGUAUGUGAAUAAUCAAAUGGUUGUACUUUGCACUACGUUUUGUUUUGUUUUCAUUAAUGUCUAGUUGGUUGGAAACAAAAUGUUGUGAACUGUGAAUGGAUCCAACCAAAAUGAAUGCUAGUGUUGAUGGCGUUCUGAUAGUGACUGGGACUUGUUUCCACUGACAUACUGGCGGAGGGGAGACUGGUGUGGGGGGGGCGACCUCCCACUCGCACUACGGGAAAAGAGCGUCACGCGUCAUCUUGAAUCUGAAUGUAUUCAAGAAUACUACAAACUACAUUUAGCAUUUAUCAGCCAUGGGCAGUUCAGAUGAGCUUUCUUUUGCCAGUUUUAUUACUUUUAAGACCAUAUAUAUAUAUAUAAAUGUAUUACUGAAGACAUAUGGCGGAACAGUGGCAAUAAUUGCUUGGCAUCAAAGUGGACAUUGGGAGGAGGGCAGAUGAAACCAAUCUCCUCUGAACUUCUUCUGCCGAAGCCACAGCUGUUCCCACGGAGACGCCCGGACUGACUUUUGACUUUUGGACCUUGGACCCGGACGCCGGACGCGAGGAUCACCAGGUGAAGGGUAGCGUGGCCUCCUGCGCCAACAUGCUGAGAAGAAGCUCCUAUUUUUCCACAUCUACGUCACUGCUCUUUCUUCACCUGCCACUCCCAUGUAAAAAGAAAAAAAGAAAUGGCCUUGGAUGUAAAUGACUUGUAAAGUUUUUCUACCCUCAUUCUAGAUUCUAGGUAUUUUUAUAGUGUGAAGGAGAGCACAUUUCUUCUUCUCGUCUUAUGCUGAGAGACGGCAUGUAGCGUGUACAGUAUCUGUUGUCUUGCUUUUCUUUUUUCCUCUCGUUCGAAACCACACGCGGAUAUUUAUUCGUCGUUCGCACACAAACGACAACUCGCACACAAUCGGUGUCGAGGCCACGAGACGGGGGGGUUGACUUCGCGUCGGACGGGUCUGUGGGGAAGAGUUAUCGGGGGAGCUGGACUGUGGCUGUCUUCCGUAACGCUGACGCUGCCGUGGCCUCCUCGGCGGCGGGGGGGGGGUUGGCCGAGUCCGCAGUUUGUACUGUCGUCUUCCCAGAUGGAUUUUCAGGUCCUGCAUGAAAAACUACAUAUCGCUUCAGUGGUUUGACCUCUGCUCUGACUGACCAAUCAUAUCCACAGUUUGACCUCCAUAGCAACGCGGGUUGAGAUCUCCCUUCGCUGUAGUCACGCGUGGUUUAGGAUUUGCAAACAGAAAAACGGGGUUCUACUUCUCUUAAUUCGCCCCCCCCUGCUUCAUAUUUGAGUGCGUUGAGACCCCGGGGGCUGACUAAACGUUCCCUUUUCAGCAGAGCUCAAGGUGACUGCACUUUAACCAUUUUAACCCCUCGCAUUGAAUACAACCAAAGACAGAUGUUCCAACUUAUCCAGCAAGGGCGCGCGACCCCUCGAACGGCUUCGUCCCGCCUCGGGUUCAUCGACGAGAGUCCGAGCCCCCGAAAGGACAGAUGUCCCGCUAUGUCUAAACACUGUGUCUCAAACUAACCUGACGAUGAGCCCCGAGGAAAAGCGCUGACCACGUGACGCUCGGCUAAUUAAAUUAUGAUUAUAAAAACAAGACUAAACUGUACAUAUGAAAACUUUCUCUCUCUCUCGCUCUCACGCUCACUUCCAGUGUCCCAAAGAAAGUUUGCUCAAGGCACAAACAGCACUACUGGAGUAGUGCACGGCUUGCCAUUAUGUGACAUGGGAAGAUUAAAAAAAGAGAAUAUUGUAGAAAAGAGAAAUUGUAAAAGUUAAAUUUUAUUCCUAUUUUCAAAGAUAAAUGUAUAAAUUAUAACGGUAUUGGUUACAGCUGUAUAUUUUUUUGAAGAUUCCCCAAUUGAUCUAAUUCUAAUUGUUACUGGGGAAAUAUCAUUUCAGUUAUUGUACAAAGAAAACACUUUAAAGGUAAGGCCGUGAAAAUAAGAUUAGAAAAAUAAAUGGAAUAAAAUGA